CUGUGUGCAAGUUAAAGAUACUUGAAUACACAUAUUGGUGCCUUGACAACUCCUGCUUGAGAGAGUAUAUUAGGGAUAAGCUCUGAGGGAUGUGAUUUCUGUACACAGCACUUCCCCAUUUCUGGCUGCAGCAGGGAGAAUGAAGUGCUACAGGGAAUUCUGGGCUUCUCACAUGGUCUGGGACAGCUUGAAAAGAUCUGUACAGUAAUUAGGGUGCCCCUCUUUUCUUUGGUAGCCAGCUUCUGACGUUGGAGUUGCAGGUGCAAGGGAACAGGGACACAGCUACCCAGUGAGAAAUGUUUUGGACACACAGUUGUGGAGUCAAGGUAUGAAAGAGCUGAUGGACCAGGCAAGGCAUCUAAACUUAAAAUUCCUCUUUUAUUCAGUGUCUACUAGUCUGAAAUUCUGUGGGAUUCAAUAAGGCAAAGUGGAUUAUUUCCUGAGGCCUGGGAGUGUAGGAGAAUUGAGGAAAGAAAACUUGGAGAAGUGUAUUAAAAUAAGCAUUCAUUCAUAACAGAACUUAUUUCUUGCUUUUUAAAAAAUUUAUCUGCAUCUUAGUGUUUAGAAAGAAGUCAUGUGAACGUCUGAGCUGCAGGGACAGAGACGGUGGAGAACGUGUGCAGCAGUGCAGAGUGCUGCUGGAGCCCUGGCAGAGGGAGAGGGAGGCAGAGGGAGCCUGAGAGAGAAAAGGCGAAGCGGUGGGAGCUGGAACAGCAGCAGCAGCUGCUGCUGCACGGCGCGGCUCCAGCCUGGGAGCCGGCUCUGCUGCCAGCACGCCUCUCUGAGGGCGCAGGUGCCUCACAUUCAAAAGUCCUAGGUGGUCAGUGGCACUCCCAGGAGCCAAGCACAGCGGCUUUAUUAUUUUCUUUUCCUGCAAAGAGCACCUGUUUGAGGACUCCGCUUCUUUUCCUGGACUGAAAGCAUACUUGCCUCCUUCUGUGUGCAUCCCUCCUGGUCUCCCUCCCUCCCUCCUGGGGACUGUACCCCUAUGGAUGCCCCCAUACAGAUUUUCCGUGAGGAGCCAGACUCCACCUGCUCCCCAGGGCCCUGCCGGCCCCCCAGCACCAGCAGCAGCUGGCUCCCGGGCUGGGCAGACUAUGACAGCAAUGCCACUGGGGUCUUUGGGGACGGCCAGCACAACCACACCAGCAUCUCCCCCGCCAUUCCCAUCAUCAUCACUGCUGUCUACUCGGUGGUCUUCGUUGUCGGCUUGGUGGGAAACUCCCUGGUCAUGUUUGUCAUCAUAAGGUACACAAAGAUGAAGACAGCGACCAACAUCUACAUCUUCAACCUGGCUAUGGCAGAUGCCCUUGUUACCACAACCAUGCCUUUCCAAAGCACCGAGUACCUGAUGAACUCCUGGCCAUUUGGUGACGUGCUGUGUAAAAUAGUGAUUUCUAUUGACUAUUAUAACAUGUUUACCAGCAUUUUCACACUCACCAUGAUGAGUGUUGAUCGAUACAUUGCUGUGUGCCACCCUGUGAAGGCUCUGGACUUUCGUACACCUCUCAAAGCAAAGAUAAUCAACAUCUGUAUCUGGCUGCUGUCCUCAUCUGUUGGCAUAUCAGCAAUAGUUCUUGGAGGCACCAAAGUCAGGGAAGAUACUGCUAGCACUGAAUGCUCCUUGCAGUUUCCAGACAGAGAUUAUGUGUGGUGGGACAUCUUCAUGAAAAUCUGUGUCUUUGUCUUUGCGUUUGUUAUUCCGGUUCUCAUUAUAAUUGUUUGCUAUACUCUGAUGAUUCUGCGCCUGAAAAGCGUACGGCUUCUCUCCGGGUCUCGAGAAAAAGAUCGAAACCUGCGUCGCAUCACCAGGUUGGUGCUUGUGGUUGUGGCAGUUUUUAUCAUCUGCUGGACUCCUAUUCACAUUUUUGUGCUGGUUGAGGCCUUAGGGGACGUGUCCCACAGCACUGCUGCCAUAUCCAGCUAUUACUUCUGCAUUGCUUUGGGUUACACCAACAGCAGCCUCAACCCAAUCCUUUAUGCCUUUUUGGAUGAAAACUUCAAGAGAUGCUUCAAAGACUUCUGCUUCCCCUUCAAGAUGAGGAUGGACAGGCAAAGCACCAGCAGAGUCAGAAACACUGUGCAAGACCCAGCUUACAUGAGGGAAGCAGGUGGGGCAAACAAACCUGUAUGACUAGUCGUGGAAAUGUCAUCUUACUGUCCUCAGGAGAGAGAGGAGUCCAAUGACCUAGGACUUACACAGAUUACGACUGCAGUUUGAAAUCGAUUCACCCAGACAGACAUUUCUGGAAUAUUUCAGGAAUCCUGGCAGUUUGAACUAAAGCAAGUUUAUUAUUGAUAAACAAGAAUCUCCUGAAAAUCGGCUCAAAUGAAAAGGACCUGGAUGAUGGCCAGGUUUUGGCACCAUAUCUGCUGUACUCGAGCCAGCGCUAAAACACACUUUUGCAGGGUGAAGAGGUAGUGUGGCACCAGGUGAUUCCGGAUAAGCAGAGUUCUGGCUCUUCUCUUUACAAUAUGUAACAUUGUAAAAGGAAACAUUUGGUCAUAAAACUGAGCUAUACCAUAAACUUCUACCCCAACAGUGAUUGAUUCUAAAGUAAGGAGCUUGACAACUUGAUCCUCUUAAAAGUCAAGAGUGUUAGAUUUCUGUGAACAAUUCCAGAGCUAUAAUCAAUAUUGUCCUCAAUUAAUAAAUCUGUAACCCUUGUUUGUGCUGUGAAAAUCCAAUUUAAGCAUGAUCUACCUACACACCAAAGUGAUUUUAUUGUGUCUAUGUAUAGUAAAGCCUUUUGGCAUUCAAAAGUACUGGAAUUUAAUGGGAAUUCUUAUCACAUGUUUCAUCAUCUAUGUGUAAUGUUUUGUAUGUGUGAUUUUCCAAGGUGGUUGUUUCUUUAUUGAGUCUGAAUAAUAUAAUAUGCAUUUUCAGAGUGUAUAUUGAACAAGAGGCUAGACAACUUCAAAUGCUUCACUUGUUACAAAAUUGAUGAAAAGUCAUGUUACAUUCAUUACAUGGAGGAAACGCUCUCAUGUGUAACUUGUUUUCCUGGACAAUAUGUAAGCAGACUGAAAUAAAUAUUUGACAAAUUAGAAUCAAGGGAAGUAACACAUUAACUAACUGGAUUGAUACAAUGGAAAUUAAAUAAUGGAUGCUUUAAUGGCA